AUGGUCAAUAAGAACGAGCAAGAUCAUGGGCUUCCAGCAAUUCCAGAGACAUUCACCUUCGACUCGUGCCCCAACAAUGGGAAUGGGAACGGGAAUGGGGCUGGAGUCGGCCGUACGUAUCGCCCUAGCAGCCCAAGGUCAUUUGACAGGAGGGGAAAAAAAAAGACUAAUCUGAUAUUGCUGCGUUUAGAACAAAUCGCCUUAGCAUCGUACGUCAAUCCGCUCGCUGACCCAGUCGCUUGGGACCGCAUGAUUGCCUACCCAUCAAACAAGGUGAGCGUCCUGGUCGCCAAUGUCCUCAACGGCCCGGACACGACGGUGAAUGAGGAUUGGGCAAAGGUCAUCGACCGGGCCCAUGCAUCGGGAUAA